AUGGGGCCACCAUGGACAUGCAGCAUCGUCGCUUCCGUGCUCUGGUGUACGUGCAUCGUCUCUGCCGAUCUUGAACCUGCCACGCAUCCAGGACCAGCCAGCACCUCUGUCGCCGCCGAGUUGAUUCGUAUUCCGUUGACCAACUACGAUCAGCUCCAAUUCUACGGCACGAUCUUCGUGGGGUCGCCGCCCCAGCCUUUCAAGGUGAUUUUCGACACAGGAUCAAGCGAUAUCUGGGUCCCGUCUGCGACUUGCGCCGCCUGUUCGGGAACUCAGCGCUAUCACGGCAACUCGUCGACCACGUUCACGCCAACGGGCAAAACGUUCACAUUGUCGUACGGGAGCGGAUCUGUUGCUGGCACAGUGUUUGAAGACGUGAUCACGUUCGGAGCGUCCACGAGCGCCGUUGUAAGGUGCCGCAUGGGCCAAAUCGAAAUCGAGGACGUCAACAUCCAGCACUUUGAGUCGGAAGGCAUUGUGGGACUUGGGUUUGGCGCGCUAGCCGCCAUCACAACACACCCGUUUGUCGAGGCCGUCGGGUUGGCAGCGUUUUCGCUGUACAUCAACCCUCUCCCAACCGACAUCGCGCGGUCGUCGCAACUCGUUCUUGGGGGGGUCGACCCUGUCUUGGCAGGGCCUAACGCUUACUGGCACUAUUUUCCCGUCCUUCGCGAUGAAGAGGUCGAUGGGUUUUGGGCCAUCGAAAUGACCCAGCUGUCCCUUGGGUCCGUCCGUGUCGAUCACCUCAACGCCAAAGUGGCUGUGAUCGAUUCUGGCACAUCGCUGAUCUUGCUCCCAGCCGCCGUGUUCGAGCAUGUCAUGGAGCAGCUCUGUCGACAUCUUGACCCGGACGCCCCCUGCGAUACCCCUCUCACGCAAGGCUAUCUAUGCACGGAUUGCAUCCAUGCGUCGUUUCCAUCUCUGACAUUUCAGUUCACCCCCCACGGCCCACCCUUCACUCUCCAGGCCACCGACUACGUUCGGUGCGAGUUUUCAGCAUGUUCUCCCCAGCUCGACAUGAGUUCGACCAACUUUUUCGUCCUCGGCGACAUCUUCCUUCGAGCGUACUACACCGUGUUUGACGUCCACCAAGCAAGAGUGGGGUUUGCAUGUGCCAGUGAUCGGACGUGCCAAGGCGGCCACAAGCCGCCAUUGUACAUCGAGCCCCCGGUAUCUCUCCUGGAAACGAUAUCGAGGCUCUACGCCCAUGCGUUUGCAGUGGCUGGGUCAGUCUUCGCCAUCAAGUGGUUUUGGCAAGAAUUCCACUGGCGCGGGAGGAAGCUGAAAGUUUGCGCUCGGCUUGUCUAG